AUGUCUAAAUUUGAAGGGCUACAUAAAGGUAAACUCCACUCGGAGUAUGAGGACUCCUAUCAGUUCCGUGGACUUCCACCACCGCCUCCUCCAGUACAAAAAGAACCAUAUCAUAUGACACACACACCAGAAAUUUACCACACCACCACGGAGGACACCUACGGACCCAUCGACCCCUCUGCAUACAAACGUGAAGGACCAAUGGAGGAAGAUGAGGAGGUUGGACCCCAUCACGUAGACCCUAAUCACUUCCGCUCCACUUCGCAGGAUGCCUAUAAACCGAUCGACCCCUCUGCAUAUAAACGUGAAGGACCAAUGGAGGAAGAUGAGGAGGUUGGACCCAGUCAUGUGGACCCUGACCACUUCCGAUCCACUGCGCAGGAUGCGUACGGACCCAUCGACCCCUCUGCGUACAAACGUGAAGGACCAAUGGAGGAAGAUGAGGAGGUUGGACCCAGUCAUGUGGACCCUGACCACUUC